GUCCCCUGUUUUUCCGGCAUAGGCGGCGCUGUGAUCUGUUGUCGGGUCGUGCCACCGGCUCCAAACGGACAUCCGUGACGAGCGAAGAUGACAGGCCUGUGGAAGUGGCUUGUGUCUCUUAACGAUUCACAACUAACUGCAGGUUUUCAACGAUUGUGUGGUAUAGAGGUUUUUAACCAUUCUGAUCGGAACAAGUCCAUGUCAAAUGGAGGCAUUCAUCAAGAACAUCCUGUCUGCGACGGCAAUGGCAAUGUUCCGACAUUAAAUGGUUCAGCAAGUGGUCACGCAGAGGAGGCGUCUUUGAAACCGCGGGCAAAGUCAAAGUACACUAAUGGUUAUAUAGUACACAAGAGUGCUAAUGGGAGCGUGCAAACAUUGCAGAAUGGAGCCACGGACCUUAAGCAGAACUACGGACCCAAUGGUAACGACGAAAGCAGCGAAACAGAAAAGCAACAAUAUAAAAUCAACAACAAAAUCCUCUUUUACCUCUUCAGUUUUGGUGCCGCUUUGGGUAACGAGAUUUUCUACAUAGUAUUCUUCAGCUUCGGAAUAUGGAACUUCGAUGGUAAUGUUUUCAGAAAAGUUACGAUGAUUUGGUGUGCAAUCAUGUAUCUUGGUCAGGCUGCAAAAGACAUUAUAUGCUGGCCCCGACCUAGAUGUCCGCCGGUAGUACGCCUAGAAGAGAGGUACGAACUGGAAUAUGGAAUGCCUUCGACACAUGCCAUGGUUGGUGUGGCCAUUCCGUUUGGAGUGCUGUGCUUCUCAUAUGGCCGGUUUGAGUUUGACUUAACACUGGGUAUAUUGGUGGCAGUAUUUUGGUCAGCUCUUGUUAGCUGCAGCCGCCUUUACUUAGGAAUGCACAGUGUACUGGAUGUUCUGGUGGGCAUUGUUUCAGCAGCUUGUUUGAUGCUUCUUUUUGUUCCACUGGUAGAUGUGUUAGACACACUGUUGGUGGCCCAUCCUCUGAGCUAUCUUCUGCUCAACUUCGUGUGUCUGAUCUUGUGCCUGAUUUAUCCUCGCUUGGAACAGUGGUCCACAGCACGUGGGGACACUUCCCAGGUGCUGGCUGUUUUCUCUGGCAUUUACCAAGGAACCUGGUUUCUGGCCAAGACCUGUACACCAGAAAUGGCAACACAAGCGCAAAUGUCAGCACCAGCUGGGUGGUCAGCGUUGUGGGCUGGGGUGGCACGCCAAGUGCUUGGAACCGCUGUGAUGGUGGUAGUCUUUGGCAUUGUGAAGACAGGGGUAUUACACACUAUGGCAAAAGUGUUGAGACUGGAUCCAAAAGACCCAAAGACAAAGCAACACCUGGGGGUUGAGUUUCCAUACAAAUACCUCAGCUGCUUGGUCUUGGCUUUCCUAGCCUCUUGUGGCAUGCCCAUGUGCUUCCAGAUGUUGGGCUUGCAUCGUGGUAACUUCCUUUUUGAGGUCUUGGAUCAUGCACACUACUUUGGGCUGUAGUUUUCCUGCAGCCAUUUUUUAAAUGUCAAUGAAAGAACAAAAUGUAUGAAUAAUAAUGUGGAAUGCUUGCCAUAUUUCUUUUGAAAACUGCAGUUAGGUUGUGUAUAGCUGUUCUUAAAAAGGUAUAGAAAUGAAAGCAUUGGUGAAUUAAUAACUCAAGGAAUCAUAAUCGGCACUGCAUACUGGAAAACAUGCUAAUAUUAUGUUAUCAUGAUGUUUUGGGUGUGUGUAUACAUCUGUGUGUGCAUGAGAUGGGAUGUACAGAUGCUAGCAAGAUGUCAGUAACCUUCACAAUCAUAUAGUUUAAGUAUUUAUAGAACUAUUUAAGCAGGUUGCUUGACAAUAUUUAUUAAGAUUAGUUCAGACAGAUUGUUUGAACUUCUAAUUUCAAAGAAAAAUGGGGGUAUUGCAUGGGUAAUUUUUAUUUCACCUCAUAUCAGUAUACAACCAGUUUUUCAUUCUCCACAUCAUUUUGAGUGGCUGAUUGUUUGAAAACUGUGUGUAAGUUAUAAUAUAUUGAAAUCAGCUCUUAAAACAGUAUUUAAAACAUUCUGUCUGCUUUGCCCUCACUCAAUUUUUUUAAAAAGUUUUUUAUACUUUGAAUUUAAAGUAUUUGUCAUUUUCAGUUGUGUGCUUGUGGACAGAUAUUGUCCAAUUUGCAUGAAGGAAUUAAUCUUGUAUUUAAUAUGUGUGUGUAUAAGAUGGAAAAAGCAUAUGUGGAAAUGUUAUAGUAACAUAAACACAGUUUUUCCUUGAUAAUAGUGUGCAAUUUUUCUAUUGUUUUUUAUACACUUGUGAUGAUACUUCAUUUCCUUUCUUGCCCAACACUUCUUGUGGAAUUUUGAUAAUGUUCACAGUAAGGGGUGGGGAAAAUCAAAAGAUUUUGCUCUUUAGGCAAUAUUCAAAAGACAGAAAUCUUUUUCUCAUGUGAAACUUUCAGGACAUAUGAAGCAAUUGGUUAAUCUGUCUCAGCAUGAAGUACAAGUCCUUUUGUCAUGAAUAAAUUAUACAAAAAUAAAUGUGUCCUAUUUGUAGGGUUUAAAAGGGUAACUAAAUAAAGUAUAAAGAUUAGGAGAUAGGGGCAAGGUUUGAUGGCCAUGACUCCGUGAUUCUAGAUCUUCAUAAGUUGUAGUCAUCUGCAUGUUGGUGAGACCAGUCAUCUUAUUUUAAUUAUUUUGGAAAGGUCAUGCUUUAAAAAACUGACCUACCAUGCUUUCAUUGUAAAAUUGCUGACUUAAUAACAAGAAUUGCUGCUGGUUUCCCUUUAUAUUAAAGGCAUGAUUUAUAAACAUACGUUCAUGCUUGAUUUUAUUUUAUUUUAUUUUUUUUGAGGAAUUUUAUUGGCUUGUGUUUAACCAGGCCAGAUUUUUCAAAUAUGAUUUUAUUGUCUUUACUCCAGAAGGGAAGACCUUAAUCCUACACAGAUAAACAAGAUCUAGUCAGUUGACCAGAAAGUACUCUGUAUAUCAGGGACUUGUAGUUUUGAGAUUUGUGUCAUAUUAAGUUCUUUAUUACCUGUACUUAUAAACUUGAGUCACAAUUCUGCUAUGUACAGAAGACUGACAGCUGCAUUUUCUUUUCUUGUUUUUUGACUAGCAGAUCAUUUCCUUAUUUGCAGUGAAGGUGAGUAAUUUGCACAAAACCACAUAGUUCCCACAGCGCGUUUGUGCCGUUUCCCAGAAACUGCAAUAAACCACAUUUGCUGCCUUGGGUGCUGUAGGAAUUCACAUUUGAAGACAGAGCUUUAGUCAUCCUUGCUUGUGAGAGUGAUAUAUAGUGCAAAAGCUAUUCAUGUUCUACUUUCAUAUUUGUUUCACAGGUCAGUUGAAAAUUGUGCUUCUGGUUGAGAGUGAAAUCUGCUAACUUGUCAGUUGCUGCUGGUGUAAUGUUGAAAUUUGAAACAGUCAGUGCUGUACUUUUGCCAGUCAGGUUUACCUAGCUGCUGAAGAAUAUUUCCCUAGACCUUUUCAGUCUUGCAGAUGAAAUCAUUCUAUUGCUUGUAUUUGAUGGAGAUGUCUUUGAGAAGGUGUUUUUUGAGAAAUGUGUCUGUUUUUUUUCUUCCAACAUAGGCUCUGUCCCUAUUUAAACAGUUCAUGCAGUCACCAGAGGUACUGCUUCUGCAGGUUUGGAGAAGACACACAUAGCUUUAUUUUUCUUGUAUCAUUCCAGGAUGUAUAAAGUUCUGUUAAUUUUUUUAAUACAUUAAUAAUGAAAUAGUACAAGAUUUUUAAGUGUAGUUUAGUUCUCAAAGUGAACAAUCUACCCAUCAUAAAUGCUUUCCAAAACAUUUAAUGUCAAAAUGGCCACAGAGUUGUAUUGGCCAAUGAAUUAGAGGAACCUAGGUCAAGGUAGUGGGGAGAGAGGAAGGUAGGAAAAGAGAGAUCGACUGUGCUUGUGUGACAGCAAGAGAAAGAAAAAAAGGUGUUAUCUGCCAAAGCGACUGUAAGAUGCAGAUCUGAAAAUGUGUUGAAAAGAUUUAAGCAGUAUUUGCUGAGCUGGAUGCCUGGUGUUUUAUUAAGUGUGAAUCUGAUUUACUUGUUCUUAAACCUUUUUUCUGCUAACAACAGCAACAUGUGGUUUGAUUAGCAUUAUCAAUCAUUGAAGGUUGCCGCAAAUUUAGGCUCAUGCAAAUGAAGUGUUCCCACAGCAUUGUGUCUACUGUUGUGAUGUGGAAAAGAAGAUCGAUGCCUCUGUCCGCAAUGUAGUGAGAAUUAAGUCUUAAAUCUUGCAGACAGAAUACAGUUAUUUGCUUGGAUUCUGAGAAAUAGUAUCUUGUUAUAAAAGUAAUCCUACCAUUUCAAAUCUGUUUUGCCCUUGUUUCUUAAUGGAACAAACUAUUCUGGUUUAUACUUUAAAGUAUGUCGGUUUUUUUUUCUUCGCAGCUGUAAUUUUUUUUAAUAGGAAUUAUCACAAAAUUAUUGCUAUAAUGUUUCUUUAAUUUUUGUACACUUGGUUGAUCACUAGCAAAGCAGUAUGAAUGUUUAUAAAUAUUAUCAGUAAUUUAGUUAAAUGGAUGUUUAUUUGGGCUUUUUAAACUCCUUUUUUCUUUAUAACCACACAUUUUUUUUUUUUUGCUGUUUGUAUUUAUUGUUUUAAAAUAUGAACUUUCUUGUACGUAAUCUGUAAUUUUCCAACUUUCUUUUGUAGAAGCAGAUGUAUACUGGUUUUAGAUCACCUCUAUAGAGGCAACCAUUUCAGUUUAGCAGCCUUUUUCUCUGUUUCAGAAUGGCUUUUAAUAAAGUGAGGAUACAGUGUUAUUUAGUUUAAACAUGCUUAAGGAAAAUGCAUGGUUACUGUUAAUAAGUUUAAGAAAUUCUGGUCAUAGCUUAUUUUUCACCAAAGCUGGCUGCUUAGUGUUAUUUUGAAUAAGUACUUACAUCCAGUGGUAAUUUUGCACACUAAUUAUGUAAAACUAUGUUAAAUGCUGUAUGCUAGCUAGCAAGAUCAUGAAGUGUUUAAUUUUUAUGUGAGCAUUUUGAAGGUAUUUUUAAAGAGAUUAGUUUUUUUAUGUUUAGUCUACACAUAAAUGUAUUUAACUUAUUUUUUUUCUGUAACUCCAGUGAUGCUGUUUCUCUUAAUCCAAGUUUUAUGUGAUUAAAAAUGAUUUUUUCCCAAUGUGUUCAGGCUAACAAGGCAACCCCUGUAAAGAUUUGCCAUGUGGAUUUAUAUGAAGGAACACUGCAUUUUGUGAUUUUAAAAAGUCUUAAGUUAAACUGUAGUGGCAGAAGAAAGCAAUUUAUGUAACUUUUCCUGUGCUGCUUUAACAGAAAGAUAGCUCAUAUGUUAUGCAAGCUGUCUGGAAAUGAUUUUAAACAUGAAAAGAUUGUUGAAAAUUCAGCAGAUGUUUUCUUAUGUUUGUAAUGAUCCAUGCAGUUCCAUUAUCAAAAGUAUCAUUUGAGUACAUGGUGACUGAUGACCAGUUCAUAGUCAUCAUACUCUAUUGAUUGAAACACAGUUUGCAGAAUGUGGGUAGAUCUGUUAGUUCUGGUGUCCUUAAUUUAAAAAUAAAAAACCUGUUGCAGGAGCAUUUCAUGAUGUCUUCAUACCUAAGAAUAAUUCAACUUGCAUUAAGAGCUUUUUAAUAAAUUUUCUUGACAGAUACAUUCAAUAUCAUAUAUAUCAUGAUAUUCACAAGUUUUAGAGAAUUUAAUCUGCUUUUAACCCAUUUCUUCUCUAGAACAUUAGAUCAGAAAUUUUGAAAAUAAUAUGUAUUGAAAAUACAUAUGAAUAUAUGCACAGCCCAACACAAAGAAACUGAAAAUUUAGAUGUUAGGACCUCUGCUUUUGUCUGAUGUUAUAUGGGUGACAGGAAGUGUACAUGAAUUAUGGAGCGGGCGUACAUUUUAAAAACAGGUUGACACCGCCAGGCCCCCUCAUCUACCGUCAGAAAAAGUGAUUUACAGCACAAGGGACUUAUAAAAUGGGACAUGUGUCCUCUUGCGCUCUUCCAACCUUAUCAGUAUUGUUUCUUUCUGCUACCCCACUCCCUUGCUCUUCCAGCCUACUAACAUAAAGCAAUUAUGACACACCAAAGAUAAAUACACUGGCUGUAGGCCCUGUAUUUCUCCGACAAUAUUUUUAGCUUGCACUACUGCAGUGCCCAAAUUUCCUCAGUGUCCAAAGCAUGUUGCAAAAAAGAAAGUGUGACCAUUACUUUUUCAUAUCUUACACUGAACUAUGCAGGCAGGGAAUCCCUGUUGCACCAGACCUCUCAUGUCUGCAUCUACUCCCUGACAUAAGUUUUUUAAAAAUCCAAUUUAUAAUCAGUAUGGGGAAUACUUGUGCAUAUCUGAGAGAGUGUGUUUUUUUUAAAAAAAAAAGUGUUCAUGCACCAGCCCAUGUUCAUGCUGAUUAAGUAUUUAUAUGGUUUACCUUACUGCACUCUUACAUUGUUGUGAUAAUGUUAUCCUAAUCAGACCCGCUGCACACAUUACCUAAUUCCCUUCGCUUUAAUUAGACAGGUUUCUUCUCUGCACCAUGUGUCAUAUGUAAUGUUUAACCAUCAUUCAUUUCCUAGAUCUCCAUUUUUAAACACCUUGCUUCUACCUUUUAUUAUCAGAGUUGGAGGUAUCGAAAUUGGUGGUAUAAAGACAUUUCAUUUUUGACUUCUAGUCACCAGCAUACUUCUCUCCUCAUUUUCAGUAGAUUUUGCCAGUGCUAUUUCAGAUUUUCAUUUUUUGGUUCCAUUAUUGUUUACAUGCCUUGCUGUUCCAGUUAUACGGCGCUUUGAGUUUCAAUCAAGAGGUACAAGCGUCUUUGAAGGGAACUAUUAUUAUUUGUGUGCUUUUUUUAAAACAAAGGUUGACAGAUUUUAAAUAACUUUUUUUUUUGAGAAGUGUGUGCACGUUCAAGGAAUUACAAUUUUUUUAAGUGUUAAAAUGUCACCAAAGGAAGAGAAUACUUAAAGACCUUUUAUAAGUUUGUUAUUGAUGUUACUUAGUUCAUCUAUUGAAUAAACACAACUAAAACUU